CGCGAGAGGAAAGUCAGCUGCUUUUGCUGUUCCACCUCUUUGGCGCGAUUAUGGCGGGCCGGGGGAAGCUGAUCGCCGUCCUGGGCGACGAGGACACGGUGACCGGGUUUCUGCUGGGCGGCGUGGGGGAGCUGGACAAGCACCGGCGCCCGAACUUCCUCGUGGUGGAGAAGGAAACGGCGCUGGCCGAGAUCGAGGAGGCCUUUCGGGGCUUCCUGGCCCGCGAGGACAUCGGCAUCGUCCUCAUCAACCAGUUCAUCGCGGAGAUGAUCCGCCACGUCAUUGACGCGCACACCAAGUCGUUGCCCGCCGUGCUGGAGAUCCCGUCCAAGGAGCACCCCUACGACGCCUCCAAGGACUCCAUCCUACGCCGGGCCAAGGGCAUGUUCACUGCCGAAGACCUGCGGUAGGUGGCCUGGAGAGUCCACUCCCGACCCGGGCCGACUUCUACUACUUCGCGGUGGUCACCUCUUCCUCUGCCUCUCCUCGUGUUGCCUUCCGGUUCUUCACCUUCCGCUCCUCGUCGUGCGGAGGAACGCGUCUGCGUUGGAGACUUCUCCUUCGGCCCUUUUGAGCGUCCAGGCUGCUGUUCCUCCCCUCCCGUUGACCUCAUUGGAGUCAGGAACCACGGAAGAACCCUGGUUCUAAGCGCGGCUGGCUGGGGGAUUCUGGGAGUUUGACGUCCACAGGUCUUCCAGUGGCCAAGAUGGAGCGUGAGGUUCCACCAUCCAAUCUGGGGUUUCUCAACCUCGUAAGAUGGGUGGACUUCAACGCUGGUGGUGUGGUGCCCACUUCCCUUUCAUCUGGGGUGCUUUGGAGAAGACACCUCCCUCUCCAUUUUCUCCAUGGGACCCAGGUUGCGUCCCCCAUAUUUCUCUGGGGCCAGAAUUGUCCUGGUUGCCUUUCCAUGUCCUACUUUGAUCCUUGUUCUUCACCAGCAGUUAUGCUCCUCAACACAGAUCUAGAACAGGGGUCUUCAAACUUGGCCCUUUGAUGACUUGUGGACUUCAACUCCCAGCAUACACGUGCCUGGCUGAGGAAUUCUGGGAGUUGAAGUCCACAAGUCAUCAGAGGGCCAAGUUUGAAGGCCCCUGAUUUAGCGGUACUUCAGCCCAAGUUCUCUGUUUCUUCUCCCUGUCCUCCUACUUCCUGCUAUUUAAGCCCUUUCCUUGAGGAUGGAACCCCCCAAAUGGGUUUGAAGUUAAGCUGGGAUAUCCUGGCUUGAUGCCUUGGAGAAGCUGGUCUGUCUGUCUGUUUCCUAGUGCAAUACCCAAACAUCUGUCUCCCAGAGGAUUUACAAUCCAGAUGAAAAUUGUUCCAAAGUUUUGCCUCCCUUCCAAGGACCGAGGUUGUCCCCUUGACCGUGGGUUGGCUAGAAGGAAGUUCUCCUCCGAUGAACCAUUUUGAGUCUUCUUCAGCCUGGCUCCUGGUUUCCCAGCCUUGGCUGCUUGAAGAUGGGUGAGUGUGGACUUCAACUCCCAGAAUUCCUCAGCCAGCAGGAAUUCUGAAUGUGGCUGGCUGGGGGAUUCUGGGAGUUGUCGUCCAUACAUCUUCAAGUGGUUAAGGUUGAAAUUCCACAAUCCAAGUUGGUAUUUCUCAACUUUAGCCACUUGAAGAUGCGGGACUUCAACUCCCAGAAUUCCCUAGGCAGCAGGGUUCUUAAGCAUGGCUGGCUAGGGAAUUCUGGGAGUUGAAGUCCAUACGUCUUCCAAGUGGCCACGGUUGACGUUGCACAAUCCAAUUUAGUGUUCUCAAUGUCAGCCCACUUUCAGAUGUGUGGAUUUCAAGGCUGGCUGGGGAAUUCUGGGAGUUGAAGUCCACGCCUCUUAAAGUGGCCGAGUUGAGAAACCCUGGCUUAGGGGCUUCACAUGGCUCAUCUGGGGGGUGUCUGGGGGGUCUAGGCCCCCAAACUGGAAGAGUCCGAUCCUCUUUUUCAACCCUACGCUGCCUACAGAGUGAUAUCUACUAGCAGUUGCAAUGUCUGGUGUCUUGGAAGCAACCUUGUCUGUUAAUGGAAGCAACUUGGUCUGUCGGCUGGAAGAAUUUAAUAAAACUGAUUUCUCUUUGA